AGCGCGUUUUGUAGAACGGAUUAGCAGAGCUCAGCGUUGCGUGAAAAGCAGGCUUCACAUUGGCACAGACCUAUCCGAAUUUAUGCAACCAAAAAUGAGAAAGAACUCGUUUCAUUUUACAUAAGCGCCGCGUGUAGCCACAGGGGUCAGCGGCAGUAUGUCUCUGGGUUUCGAUACGGCUGCCGCCUUUGUUUUCGUAACUAUUUAUCGAGCAGUCGUACAGACAGUGCGUGUGGGUAGCGCAAUGUGUGAAAGACAUGUUAUGGUUUUCGCGUUUGUGGCGAUAGCUGCGUUCUUCCUGACAGCAGAGGCGAAACUUGCGCCGGACUACAUCCAUCCCUGCAACACCACAGAACGAGCCUGUUUAAUACAAGCCACCAAAGAUGCAAUUCCACACUUUGCCCAGGGUAUCCCAGAACUGGGAGUACCAUCGCUGGACCCAUUUAUCAUCGAUGAGCUACCCAUACAGCUGCCAGGAGUCAAGGUCACUUUUAUUGACGGAAAAGUAACGGGUCUCAAGAAAUGUCAGGUGUUAAAUGUCGAGGCAUACCUAGAGAAGAACCUCUUCAUCCUAGAAGUUAAGUGCAACAUGACCAUCAAGGGCAAAUAUACUGCCGUUGGAAGACUGCUGCUGUUCCCCAUCAAUGGAGAAGGGGACUCUAAAAUUAAAAUCGUGAACUCUGUAAUUAAACUAAACAUUAAGACCAAAUAUUUCAAAGAUAAUGAAGGCCGUGACCACUUUGGUCUCAAAAGCUACAGAUAUAACUUCGACUAUGGAGAGAGGAUCCACUACACCAUCACCAAUCUCUUCAAGGGAAAUCCUGAAUUAAGUAACACAGUUCUUCAAUUCCUAAACGAGAACUGGAGGACGGUGACCGAGGAGUUUGGGACACCAGUUGUAGAGUAUGCUAUGAAUGUCACCAUAGACACUGCUAAGAAAUUCUUCGAUGCAGUACCCUAUGAUGAACUUCUUCACGUCCCCAUCCCUAAGUAUUAGAAUUUUGGUUUAGCUUUUGUAAAUAAAGUACCUCAAGAAUUUAUUUUAUAGUGUUUGUUAAAAACACUUAUUUAUGUCUGGAACUUAGAUUCGUGCGACUUUUUUUUAAUUUGUUGUCAAGUUGAAACAAUAAAAAACAUAUCUUGAAGUAAUCUUUAGCUCAUUGAGGGUUUGGAUUUUCCUAAACACAUUUAGAUGUUAGUACCAAAGAAAAACGACAUAAUUGUUUAUUUUCUCACUUUUGGACACAGGCAACUUUUUGAAGCCUUUAUUUUUACUUGGCAACACCGACUAACGCAUGAAUAAAUUCCACAAUU